UUGAAGCGAUCAUCUAUCUGGACUGGACACUGCAGCACAGAUCGCGGCGUAAGCCCGACUGACGGAGAAGAAGAUGCUGACGUCACUACUCCGCCACAACCACCACUCGUUAAACGCUACCCCGAAUUCAUCCCAGUGCUUAACCUCAAUCGGAAAUCUAUAUUUCAAGACUGCCCUUUUGAUCUGAACUUUACUCAAUCGCUUCCAACUCCGUUUCGGCGGCUUAUGUAGGAGAUCUGCUCGACUUCACUUUUCUAGCGUCUGCUCUUUACUUUCUUCAUCUGGGAAAGAGCGUUCUAUCUGUCUCGAUCAAUUAUCAGUGGAGAUUCUUUCAUUUCUCCGCUCCUUUUGUUCAAAGUUUGCAACUUUAUCUUCGUUUAUCACUGAUCAUCGUUUCUCAUCGCGAUUUAUUUAUUCAUGAAUUGAUGAAUUGAUAAUCGAUAAGGAACUGAAAUUAGUCUAUGAAUUCACGGAUAAACUUGGUUUUCGAAGGUGAGGGCAUCGCUCCGUUUGUUACUGAUGUGAUUUAGGAUUUUUUUUGGGGGGUUUGUUUCUGCGUGCGGGUUGUGUGUGUAGGAGCUGAUGCGGAAAUGUCUUUUAGAAGUAUAAUUCAGGACAUGAGGGGUGAGUUUGGGAGUAUUUCUCGGAAAGGGUUUGAUUUGAGGUUUGGUCGGUCGAGGUCUCAGAGGACUGUCCAGGAUAGCUUUGUGGGGGAGAUGGAUGCUUUAAGGCAGAGCUGCUGGGCAAAUAUGCCACCAGAGCUUUUGAGGGAUGUGCUUGUGAGGAUUGAGGCAUCUGAAUCUACUUGGCCUCCGAGGAAAAAUGUGGUUGCUUGUGCUGGGGUUUGCAGAAACUGGAGAGAAAUCAUGAAAGAAAUUGUGAAAACCCCAGAACUUUGCGGCAAAUUGACAUUCCCCAUCUCUCUGAAGCAGCCCGGUCCAAGGGGCACUCUCUGCCAAUGCUUCAUAAAGCGUAUCCGCAGCUCCCAAACAUAUCAUCUUUUUCUAAAUAUAAGUCAAGCUUCUAAUGAUGACGGUAAGUUCCUUCUUGCUGCUCAGAAGUGUAGACGCACAACGUGCACGGAAUACAUCAUUUCUCUGAACCCUGAAGAUGUUUCAAAGGGUAGCGGCACCUACAUUGGAAAGCUCAGAUCUAACUUUCUGGGUACGAAGUUUGUAGUUUAUGAUGCACAGCCUCCUUCUGGAGCCAAGGUCACUAAAUGCCAUUCUACUACCCGGUUGGUGGGAGCAAAACAAGUCUCUCCAAGUAUACCUGCCGGAAACUAUCCUGUAGCUCACAUUUCUUAUGAAUUGAAUGUCCUGGGUUCUAGGGGACCGAGGAGGAUGCAAUGUGCCAUGGACGCAAUCCCUGCUUCAUCUGUUGAACCAGGAGGCGUGGCCCCGACACAAACGGAAUUCCUUCCUGUCAACAUAGAUUCCUUCUCCACUUUUCCAUUUUUCCGAUCAAAAUCAAACCGUAUGGAUAACUUCCAAUCCGGACCUCUAUCGGCUCAGAAAGACGAAAUUCUAACUCUGAAGAACAAGGCUCCAGGGUGGCACGAGCAACUGCAGUGCUGGUGUCUUAACUUCAAUGGACGAGUAACGGUUGCUUCAGUUAAAAACUUCCAGCUGGUUGCUUCUAUGGGAGACGGGGUCGCACCAGAGCACGAAAACGUUAUUCUUCAAUUCGGGAAAGUUGGAAAGGACGUCUUCACCAUGGAUUAUCAGUACCCCAUCUCUGCGUUCCAGGCAUUCGCCAUCUGCCUCAGUAGCUUCGACACCAAAAUUGCUUGCGAGUGAUAAUCAGGUGGGUUCUGCACUUCUGCUAAUAUAUAGCCGAUACCAUAAUGGAUGCUUUUCUCGACUCUGGACGUGAAUUUUUUUACUUGGAAUGCUUGUAAUACAUUGUAACGUUUAAACAUCCCGAAUUCCUCAAGGCUUUAAGUUUUGUAGCCGUGUAGACAAUUUAUGAAAAAGGACUGGGCACAUCUAAUUAAUAGUUGUCGUCAAGUCUCUCGGAGUGUGUUUCUUGAUUGUAGCAGGUGCCUGAAGAUGCAUUAAGAGCUGCUCAGGAACACAGAUGCACGAAGGUCAUAUGCUAUCCAGAUUAAUGUUGUUGUCUUGAUCCUCGUUUUGCUGUCUGGUUUGCCUUGUGUCUUUUCUCCAUCUUCUGUAAAUACAUGGGGACGAGAUUUCUUUGUUUUUACUGUAGUUUCCAGUUUUCAGAUGGUGUGGCUUUUAUGUUUUACAGCAUGGGUAUUCAUUGCCUUGCAGAUCUUUUACAGAUUGGUGAAUUUCUUGGGAC